UUUGUUAGCGUCAUCUAAAGGCGCCAGGCGGCCUGGCUAAAAGAAACGGUGGUGUGCUGAACCCCGCGGAGCUUGGCUAUGGUCAUGGCCCUGAGGGUGCUGACUCGCGCUAUGGGCUCACUGAGCCUGACGACCCCGGCCGUCGCCACCCUCAGCUCGAGCCUGCUCCCGGCCGCCCAGGUGACAAGCAGUACCCUCCUCCAGCUGCCCUCUUCCUCAUUGUUGCUCCUCUGCCGCCCAGUGCUUACAUCUGUGGCCCUUAGUGCCAAUUUUGUGUCCUGGAAGAGUCGUACCAAGUACACCAUCACACCAGUGAAGAUGAGGAAGUCUGGGGGCCGAAACCACACAGGCCGAAUCCAAGUGCAUGGUAUUGGCGGGGGCCACAAGCAACGUUAUCGCAUGAUUGAUUUUCUGCGGUUCCGGCCUGAGCUGGAAGCAAAGCCAGGACCCUUUGAGGAGAAGGUCAUCGUGGUCCGCUAUGAUCCCUGUAGAUCAGCAGACAUAGCUCUGGUUGCUGGGGGCAGCCGGAAACGCUGGAUCAUUGCCACAGAAAACAUGCAGGCUGGAGAUAUAAUCCUGAACUCUGAUCACAUAGGCCGAAUGGCAGUUGCUGCUCGGGAAGGGGAUGCACAUCCUCUUGGGGCCUUGCCUGUGGGGACUCUCAUCAACAACGUGGAGAGUGAGCCAGGCCGGGGGGCCCAGUAUAUCCGAGCUGCAGGGACAUGUGGUGUGCUGCUACGGAAGGUGAAUGGGACGGCCAUCAUCCAGCUGCCUUCCAAGAGACAGAUGCAGGUUCUGGAAACGUGCAUGGCAACAGUAGGCCGGGUAUCCAACGUUGAUCAUAACAAAAGGGUCAUCGGCAAGGCUGGGCGGAACCGCUGGCUAGGCAAGAGGCCUUCCAGCGGGCUAUGGCACCGCAAGGGGGGCUGGGCUGGCCGCAAGAUUCGGCCACUGCCCCCUAUGAAGAGUUACGUGAAGCUGCCCUCGGCUGCUGCCCAAAGCUGAGAUCCCUGGAUUCUAAUAAAAUCACCCCUCAUUUUUA